AUGAGUACGGCCCCCGGCGUUUCUGGUGGUCAUUCUGCUUCUGGUUACGGCGGGCGCAGCAGCUACCCGCCUCCUCCCCGUUCCUUCGAAGAUCGCGCCGUUGCCAAAGAACAAAUGAUGCAAUCCGUGCGCGAGUCGUCCCAACAAGACCGCCGUGUCUAUGUGGGCAACCUCUCCUACGAUGUCAAGUGGCAUCACCUGAAAGAUUUUAUGAGACAGGCUGGAGAAGUGAUCUUUGCCGAUGUCUUACUACUUCCCAAUGGAAUGUCGAAGGUGGGCGCCAAUGCGAUUGUGGAAUACGCGACUAGGGACCAAGCGCAGAAUGCGGUCAACACCCUCAGCAAUCAGAACUUGAUGGGCCGACUGGUCUACGUUCGUGAGGACCGUGAACCCGAGCCUCGUUUCACGGGAGGCCCCUCUCGUGGAGAUUUCGGAGGCCCUGGCCGCGGCGGCUUCGGCGGUGGCUUCGGCGGUGGUCCCGGUGGUCCCCCGGGUGCCAGUGGCCGUCAGCUUUAUGUGUCCAAUCUUCCGUUCAACGUUGGCUGGCAAGAUUUGAAGGAUCUUUUCCGCCAGGCUGCUCAACAAGGUGCCGUGAUCCGCGCCGAUGUCCACACCGAUGCCACGGGCCGCCCCAAGGGCUCCGGUAUUGUCGCUUUUGAGUCGCCCGAGGAUGCCCGCAACGCCAUCCAGCAGUUCAACGGCUAUGACUGGCAGGGACGUGCUUUGGAGGUCCGUGAGGAUCGCUUUGCCGGUGCAGGACCUGGUUUCGGUGGCCGUGGUGGUGGUUUCGGUGGUGGCUUUGGAGGCCGUGGUGGUGGCUUCGGCGGCCGCGGCGGUUUCGGUGGCGGUCGUGGUGGCUUUGGCGGUGGUUUCCGCGGCGGUUUCCCUGGCGCUCCCCCCGCUGGACCCCCCGGCGCUUUCGGUGCUCCUGGUGGUGGCCCUGGCUUCGAGGGCGUGGCCUCGGUUCCCCCCAACCCUUUCACAGACUAUGCCACCUCCGGCGGCGAGAAGGGCGGUGUCAUCUACGUGCGCAACCUGCCCUGGUCGACCUGCAACGAGGAUCUGGUGGAUCUGUUCUCGACCAUCGGAAAGGUCGACCGUGCGGAGAUCCAGUACGAGCCCAACGGUCGCUCUCGCGGCACCGGUGUGGUUCAGUUCGACAGCGGCGACACCGCAGAGACUGCAAUUUCCAAGUUCACGGGCUACCAGUACGGCGGCCGUCCCCUGGGCAUUACAUUCGUCAAGUACCUGAAUGCCGGUCCCGGACCCGAGGACAUCAUGGAUGACGGCCCCGAACCUUCCGCCGCGCUCACCCAGGACCAGAUCAUGUAA